AUGGAGGAAAUGCAGAGGCUUAGAGAUGCUGCUGUUCAAAACGAUGUGGAGACACUUGCUCAAUUACUUCACCAAGAUUCAUUUAUUCUAGAUAAAGCCAUGUUAAAUAAUUAUCAAGAUAUGAAUCCUCUUCAUAUUGCAGCAAUGUUGGGUAAUUUGGAAUUUGUAACAGAAAUCUUGGAAGCCAGACCCGAGUUGGCUUUGGAGGGUGACCGGUUCGGAAGAAUCCCUUUACAUCUCGCAGUCAUCAUGGGAAGAUCAUCAAUGCCGGUAAUUGUAGAGUUGGUUAAUCCCUCGCCACUUGCUGCUCGAGAAAGAACUCCCGACAAUCGUGUACUUGGUUCAAAACAACGUGGUGCAAGUGAAUGCAAGGAAUGCAAGGAAUGCAAAUGGGAACACCGCAUUAGACCUUUUCAAAGGAGACCGUGA